UUGUUAUGAAUUUAAUAGAAUUCACGAAAAGCAAACAAUUUGAUGUUAAUUAAGCAAACGAAUUCGUUAAAAAACGUAUUAUUAAAAUAUGUUAUCCAAUUGAGAAUAAGAUCAUAGUUAAACAAAAACUUUAUGCUUUACAUUAAAAUAAACAAGAAACUCUAACAAAAUGCUGGACCGAGCGAAUGGCAAACCCUUCAGAUGUGACCAAUGCAACUAUACGUCCAAUCGUUCCUUUGAUCUGCGACGUCAUCAGCAGCGCCAUGCCAGGGUGAAGCCCGUGGAAGGAACUGUAUUCAAAUGCAACGAAUGCUCCUUUGUAACGAAAUGGAAGCGCAACAUGGGACGCCACAUGGAGAAGCAUAAAAAGACUGCGGUGGCAGAGGACAGUCAACUAGAGGAUGAGACCAUAGAGGAGUUUAUAGUGGAGGUAAUUGAAGCAUCCGAAGAUCCGGAGAUCGAGGAGGAGCAAGCUGCAGCCGAUCAAGCCACAGUCACCAUGGUUCUGGCUUCGGAUAAAAUUAACGAGACGCCAAGAGAUAAGAAGCUGAAACGCUUCAAGUGCGAACUAUGCCGCUAUACAUCGAAUCGCGCCUUUGAUUUGCGACGUCACGAGCAGACGCAUUUUCGCAUAAAGGUGGUCGAUGGCAUGGCCUACAAAUGCUCCGAAUGUCAUUUCAUAACCAAAUGGAAGCGUAACAUGAGGCGUCACAUGCGCAAGCACGAGGAUCCCAACGAGGAAGAAUUCACAGCAGAAACGAAUGAGCCGGAAGCCGAAGAGAUUGUUGUGGAGCUCAUCGAUGCAGAGGCAUUAAGCUCCGAUUUUGACAUGGCAUCCGAGACGCAAUCCUGCUCCCAGGAGUGGUCCGCACCCGAAGAAAUCCAGAGCGAAAAACGCUAUAAAUGCGACCAAUGUGAAUAUGAAUCGAAACGCGGCUACGAUUUGCGACGUCACGCGCAGAUUCAUGCAAAGGCAAAGCCACUGCAGGGCAUAGCAUAUCAGUGUAAUGAAUGCUCCUUUAUCACCAAGUGGAAGCGAAAUAUGAGGCGGCAUAUGGAGAAGCACAAACCGAAGCCAAUCGAAGCUAAUGUUCAGGUGGACGACUUUGUUGUGGAGCUAAAGUCUGUCGAGGGAGAUCACACUGAGAAACUAAAGUCCUUGGAAUUGGAAGAGGAUCCCGGGGUACUGCCAUCCUAUUGGAUAGCGCUCCCAGCAGAUGAUACAAUGUAUUUAGAUACCGCUUCAUAGCAGUUGGUUCCCUUCUAGAAAUUCGAGAUUAAAGGCUGAAUUGAAGCCUUUGCUAACUAUAAAAGUACACAUGUACAUAUGUAUAAAUCUCUUUUUAAAACUAUAUAUAAGAAAUUGCAAUUAUUUACAAAUAUUUUACUGGU